CAUUUGCGUGAUUUUUCGUCGAUAUAUGAAGAUCUAGAGGCAGGUAUCGAAAGAGAUGCACGUAGGAUGGUUAUUUCUACGAUCCCUCGGCAAGAUCUCAAUAACGCACGAGAUCUGAAUAACCGAAUUAUACUCUCCCAACCGAAAAAAAGUCAAACCGAGAUACCAAAAAGAUCUUGUGAUAAGAGGCAGAGAAAUGUAGAUUUGUCACGUGCCAGACGUGAGUUGAAAGCAGAGGAUCCACUACCCGAUGGG